AUGGACGUUGACCAAGAUGUUGUGAUGGAUGGGACCGCGGAUGCGCCUUCUAUACAGUCCGCCAAUGGCUACUCAGAACCAACGUCCAAGUCGGGAGGGAGCUCUCUGGAGACACCAAACGGCCACAGCGCCGACAGCAGUGCCGAAGGGACAUCUUCCAAGAGUGGCGAGCCUGGCUAUCCUGAACGUUUCCGACGAAAAGGGAUCCUACCAACCGGUUGCUGUUACGAUGACCGCAUGAAGCUCCAUGCCAACGCGGAUUUCGGGCCAAACCCUCACCACCCAGAAGACCCAUCGCGUAUCGAGGUCAUUAUGAGGAUCUUCAAAAAGCACGGUCUCCUGUUUACGGGAACAGAUGCCGAGCUCAUCGAUGUCAUUAACAACAGACCAACCAGCUACAUGUGGAGGAUUCCUGCAAGGGAAGCGACAGAAGAAGAGAUCCGUACUGUUCAUAGAGUCGAACAUUUCAACUGGGUCAAGGCUCUGUCCACCAAGACCACGCACGAACUCCGCGAUAUCUCAGCCAUGAUGGACCAAGGUCGUGAGUCCCUCUAUGUUGGUAGUAUGACAUACGAGGCCUCUCUGAUCUCGGCCGGUGGUGCCAUCGAAACCUGCAAGGCUGUCGUUACCGGCACCGUCAAGAAUGCCUUCGCUGUUAUCCGACCACCAGGACAUCACGCCGAGUACGACCAGCCUAUGGGUUUCUGUUUGUUCAACAACGUACCGAUUGCGGCCAAAGUCUGCCAGAAGGAGUACCCCGACAUUUGCCGCCGCGUCAUGAUUCUCGAUUGGGAUGUCCACCACGGCAACGGCAUUCAGAACAUGUUUUACGAGGAUCCCAACAUUCUCUACAUAUCUUUGCAUGUUUACAAGAACGGAGACUUUUACCCAGGAAAGCCUGAUAACCCCAUGAUUCCGGAUGGCGGGAUGGAGCAAUGCGGUGCUGGAAACGGGCUCGGCAAGAACAUCAACAUCGCGUGGCACGACCAGGGCAUGGGCGAUGGCGAGUACAUGGCGGCAUUCCAAAAGAUUGUUAUGCCAAUUGGCCACGAGUUCAACCCCGACCUGGUUAUCAUUUCUGCCGGUUUCGAUGCUGCCGCCGGAGAUGAGCUCGGCGCUUGCUUCGUGUCGCCUGCCUGUUACGCUCACAUGACACACAUGUUGAUGUCUCUGGCGGGCGGCAAGGUUGCCGUUUGUUUGGAGGGUGGUUACAAUCUGAUUGCCAUCUCCAAAUCGGCCCUGGCUGUCGCUCAAACCCUCAUGGGCGAACCACCCCCGCAGAUGCAGAUUCCAAGAAUCAGCAAGGAAGCCAGCAAAGUCCUGGCCAAGGUCCAAGCUUACCAGGCUCCCUAUUGGGAGUGCAUGCGGCCGGGCAUCAUCGACGUUACAGAGAUGACCAAGAACGACUCGUCUCGCCUGCACGACGUGAUCAGAUCAUCACAAAAAGAGAAGUUAUCCAAGUACGGCAUGCUCCCGUUGUAUAUCCAACGAGACAUCAUCUUUAGGUCAUUUGAGAACCAAGUGUUGGUGACGAAGGGCGUGCAGUCCGCGAAGAAGCUGCUGUUGAUUGUACAUGACCCUCCCGAGCUGCAUGGGCAGCCGGAUCCCCUUGAUAACUCUCUCGAGCCACACAAUUCUUGGGUCUCUGAUGGUGUGGCCAAGUACAUUGACUGGGCUUGCAACAAUGACUUUGGGGUGAUUGAUAUCAACGUCCCCCACUACAUUACCCGAACAGACGACACGGAGCACUUCACGCCGAGAAUGGACGAGAAGACUCUCCAAAUGCAUCUUCAAGAGCUGAUGUGUUACAUCUGGGACAACUACCUCCAGCUCUACGACGGGGCAGACGAGAUCUACCUGAUGGGGGUGGGUAAUGCCUACCUCGGGAUCAAGGUCCUGUUGAUCAACAGAAUAAACUUUGUGGACGGCAGUCUCCGGCCUGUCAAGUCGGACGUGGACGAGGACUUGUCGUCAUGGUACAAGGACAACUCACAGGUCUAUGUUGCCAACGACCACGCCUGCUGGUCGGACCCGGAUCUUACUAGGAAGGUGAUGAAGAGGCGGUUCGGGAAUGCCAUCAGGAGCGAGGUGAAUGGGUUGGCGCCGAUGAUGGAUAGGCAUUUUAAGGAUGUGCUGCGGUUUAUUGCUGAGCAGGCGAGGAAGCUUCACGGGGGGGAGACGACGGAGGAUGAGGGGAAUAGGAGGGGGUGA